AUGAGUGAGACAAAGAGCUACGUGCAGAGUCUCGUCGAAGCAAGUGUGACUAAAACACAAAGCAACGUACAGAAUCCCGUGGAAUCGAAUGGAGGAACAAAUGUCGCAGCUGAGGCAAUUGCAAGCUGUUCGAUCGCCGAGAACACAAAAACGCUGCAGGAUCUUGUUCAGCUUAUGGCAUUAAAAAUGGGAGCAGAUGAACAAAAUAGCCGUUGCUCAGUUACAGCGGAAAGUUUCGCGAAAAUAAUUCCGGAGUUUGACGGUGAAUCCAUGCCGGUCAAGAAUUGGUUUGACAAUUUCGAGCUGAAUGCUGAAGCUUACGAUUUGAACUUAAAGCAGAUGUAUGUACAGGCACGUGCCAAAAUGACGAAAACGGCUAAAUUGUUUUUGGAUUCGACUUACGUACACCAAUACACAGAGAUGCGGAUGUUGCUGCAGGCAGAGUUUAGUCGUCAAUACGUAUGCAGUGCAGAUCUUCACGAGCAGCUUCGGGAUCGCAAGAAACGCAAGCAGGAAUCAUUUCACGAAUAUAUUCUUCAGAUGAGAAAGAUUGCAGCACUUGGCAGCAUCGAUGCAAGUUCUGUAAUCCGCUACAUAGUAGACGGCCUGAACUUAAGGAGUGACUUCAAAUACACCCUGUACAAUUGCAAGUCUUUCAAAGAGCUGCAGGAGCAAUAUGACGUAUUUGAACGCGUCAACGAAAAGAGCUUCAAGCCGUUCCAGCUGAAUGAUGCAAAAUGGACGCCGAAUCAAAAAAAACAGUACGAGUUCAACGACCGAAAGAGCUACUGUUUUAAUUGUGGAUCAGCUGAUCAUCUUCGCAAGGAUUGCAAAGCCGCCACGAAAUGCUUCAGUUGCAACAAAGAAGGACACAUGUCUAGAGAUUGCCCUAGGUCAGCUGCUGGUGUCCAAGUUGUGCGCAGCGGAAGACGGAUGAAAAAGGUCAUCAUCAACGACGUCGAAGUGGAGUGCCUAGUGGAUACUGGAGCUGAUGUAUCUAUAUUGAGAAAGUUCAUCUUUAACAAAAUCCCAAAUGUCUUCUUGGAGAGAUGUACAUCGACGCUCCGCGGACUAGGAAAGAAGAUCACGUACCCAGAGGGAUGCUUUUUUGCUGAGGUUGCAGUAGAUCACGAGAUAACCCAACACAAGUUCGUUGUUGUAGAGGAUGAAAAUAUGGAGUAUGACGCAUUGCUUGGAUUCGAUUUUGUUUCAAAGUUCAAUCUUUCGCUGUCGCCAGAGGGAUACAAGUUUUCUUCCCCGCAUGGGAAGAAAGCUUGUGAGGAACCGAAUGAGAUGAGUAUUUAUAGUAUUGUUAAUACAAAUGAUGAAAGCGAUGUUCCUACGCAGUAUAAAAAGGAAGUAUCAAUGCUGAUCAAGAACUACAAGGCGGUGGAUUCAGUAGCAGAGGUUCCAGUCAAGCUGCGAAUUGUUCCAGAUGGUGAGAUUAUCCCAUUUCGUCAAUCUCCGAGUCGAUUUGCGAUUGCCGAACAACAGGAUGUCGAACAGCAGAUCGUAGAAUGGCUAUCUGCUGGAAUUAUACGCCCAUCUACAUCAAACUUUGCUAGCCGUCUGGUGCUGGUAAACAAAAAGGAUGGCACACACCGUGUUUGCGUUGAUUUUCGUAAGCUGAACUCGAUGGUAUUGAGAGAUUGUUUUCCUGUCCCUGUUAUAGAGGACGUACUUCAAAAGCUGCAAAAAGCGAGAUACUUUACCGUGAUGGACUUGGAGAAUGGUUUCUUCCACGUUGCCAUUGAGGAAGAGAGCAAGAAAUUUACAGCGUUUAUAACCAAAUCCGGAUUGUACGAAUUCAAUAGAACACCGUUUGGAUUUCGGAAUUCGCCAGCUGUAUUCAUUCGCUACGUUAAUUACGUAUUUCAGGAGCUGAUGAACAAGGACAUACUCGAUUUAUAUAUGGAUGAUAUAAUAAUCCACGCCGAGACUGCAGAGCAAUGUUUGCAAAAGAUGGCACUCGUCUUUAAAAGAGCUGGGGCGUUUGGCCUGAAGAUCAAGUGGCGAAAAUGUCACUUCUUGCAGAGAAGAAUUUACUUCUUGGGCCACAACAUUGAAGACGGAAACCUGUGGCCUGGACAAGAGAAGACUGCAGCGGUCAGCAAAUUUUCGGUGCCGAAAAACGUCAGAGCAGUCCAAGCUUUUCUGGGGCUGACGGGAUUUUUCAGAAAAUUUAUUCAGAAUUAUUCGCAAAUUGCACGCCCGUUAACUGACCUGCUGCGCAAAGAUGUUCGUUUCCAAAUGGCUGAGCCUCAGAUGAACGCGUUCCGGAGUUUGAAGGAUGCGUUGACAAAGGAACCUGUUUUGAAAUUGUACACCAGAGGAGCUAAAACUGAGUUACAUACAGACGCAUCAAAAGACGGAUUUGCAGCGGUAUUAAUGCAGUGGUUCGAUGACAAACUUCACCCUAUCCAGUAUUGGAGCAAGAAGACAACAGGAGCUGAGUCCCGCCAGCACAGUUAUAUCCUGGAAGCCAAAGCCGUGUAUCUAGCGGUACAAAAAUUCAGACAUUAUCUGCUGGGAUCGCCGUUUAAGCUGAUAACGGAUUGUGUCGCUUUUAAACAAACUCUACAGAAGGCGGAUAUACCAAGAGCAGUCACGCAGUGGAUUGUUUAUCUACAAGAUUUCGUUUUUACAGUGGAACAUCGUCCUGGAGAACGAUUAAAGCAUGUUGACUGCCUAAGUCGCUAUCCUGAUCGGGUUAUGCUUGUCUCCUUAGAGAUCACAGCACGCAUCAAAAACGCUCAAAGAAAAGAUGAUAUGCUGAAAGCAAUUGUGGAAAUUCUCAAAAGCCGCCCAUACGAGGGGUACAAGAUAAAAGCUUCACUUGUCUAUAAGGAGGUGAAUGAUUACAUGAAGGAAAACGGUAUUGAACACGUUUUAAGCACAACUGGAGUUCCCCGCGGAAAUGGUCAGAUCGAGAGGGUGAAUCGCACGAUAUUGUCGAUUAUUUCUAAGAUUUCGGCAGAUGAUCCAGCCAAGUGGUUUAAGGCAGUACCUGAGGUGCAGAGAGCUGUUAAUUCCCACGUACAUGCUUCUACUAAGAAGUCACCAUUUGAGCUAAUGUUUGGUGUGAAGAUGAACAAUAAUCCAACCCAUCGUAUUCUGCAGCUUCUAGAUGAGGAGAUGUAUUCAAACUUCGACGAGCAACGGCAGCAACUUAGAAAAGAUGCAAAGAUCGAAAUUCAACGUGCACAGGAUGCCUACAAAAAGUACUAUGACCUAAGGCGUAAACCAGAAGUCAAUUAUAAAGUUGGAGACUUAGUCGCUAUACGCCGGACACAGUUUAUUGCAGGGAAAAAGCUGGCUGGAGAAUAUCUGGGACCGUAUGAAAUAUCAAAAGUUAACAGGAACGGCAGAUACGAAGUGCGGAAGGCUGCGGAUGUAGAAGGCCCAUGUAACACUUCAACCUGCUGUGAUCACAUGAAGCUGUGGCGUUAUGUAAAGGAUAAUGAAGACGCUUGGUCAUCUGGGACAGAUGACUAG